CAAACGCGCUAAAAUAUUUCACUGACGCUCAGAGCAUUUUUGUCACUCGGAUAAGGUUUAUGUCUCAGCGACGUUCAGAUAAUUUCAUCCAGCUUUGAAGGAUAGUCUUCUUGCUAUGAGAGUCUUAAUAGGAGGGGGAUCCGGCUUCGUGGGCCGUGAGCUGACUCGCCUGCUCAGAGACAAAGGCCAUGAGGUCACAGUGAUUUCUCGCCAGCCUGGUCCAGGGAAGAUUACAUGGGGUGAGUUGGAGUCCCAGGGCCUCCCACCAUGUGAAAGUGCCGUCAACUUGGCUGGAGAGAAUCUCAUGAACCCACUUCGAUGGUGGAAUGAAAGCUACAAAAAAGAUUUGUUCUCCAGUCGCAUUGACACGACAAAGGCUCUGUCUAACGCCAUCGCUGCCUCCUCCAGUCCGCCUCACUCAUGGGUGCUUGUGUCAGGUGUAGCUUGCUACAAACCCAGUCUGACAGCUGAGUACACAGAAGACAGCGAGUGGACACCGUUUGACCUCCUCUCAAAGCUUGUCAAAGAGUGGGAAGCCUCGGCGCUUCUUCCUGAGAGUGUGGCAAAAACAACCAAACAAGUCGUCAUCCGGCCUGGAGCGGUGUUGGGUCGAGAUGGUGGCGCCAUGAAGCAAAUGCUGCUGCCCUUCUGGCUCGGCCUCGGUGGCACCCUGGGGUCCGGGAGUCAGCCGUUCCCCUGGAUCCACGUCUCGGACCUGGCAGGAAUCAUCGCCCAGGCGCUGGAGCCCGCUGCCGACGCUGCCUCCCCUUCACCGCAAGUGUUGAACGGAGUCGCACCUGCGCUCAACACCAACUACGAGUUCACUAAAGAACUGGGCCGGGUCCUGAGGCGGCCCACCAUUUUUCCCGUGCCUGGCUUCGUCAUGAACACCCUGAUGGGCUCUGAGAGGGCCGUGGUCCUCACUCAAGGCCAAAAAGUCAUCCCACAGAGGACUUUAGAGUCUGGAUUUCAGUACAAGUACCCAGACUUGACCUCAGCGCUGAAGCAGAUUGUUGGGAGCUAACAAAUAUUGAAGGAGUGUGUGUCGUAUUUACUGUGUUCCAAGAAAUAAAAUAAAUAUAAGCGCAUAAGGAU